UCGCCCCAUUACGAAAUACAUCCAGGCAUUCAGAGCGAACAGCUGAUUUUGAACAAAUUUCUACGUUAGGGGGGGAAUGGAUAAAGCUGCCGGUCGCCAGACGACAAACUAUUUCCACAAUUUUUCAGUUUCAUUAAAAUCAAAGUGAAAACAAAAAAAAAAAAAAUCGGAAAAAAGGAAACAGUGUGUGUGCGUGUGUAUAAAAUGGAAACGAGUGCUGCGGCUAAUUUACUGCGUCUGAUCAAACAGCUGCUGUUGGAACGCGCCUUCGAUGGCAUCACAAUGCUUUUUCACAGUGCCGCCGAGGCGGCAAAAAAUGCCCCUCAUCUGCCUGCAAUCGCCAUGGAUCUGUACGGCGAUAUUUGCGCGCCAACGCUAACGGAUGCCACAAAUGUGGACGAUGCGCCACUCUUCGAUUGCUGCAACGAGUUGCUCAAAAUUGUGGCACAAUAUGCUCCGUUGCAGCAGUUUAUGCUGGAACUGAUGGAGAAGAUCGAGGAGAGCAGCAGCAUUGCGAUAUUCUCGGCAUAUCUGCGUGCCCUCCAGGUUGUGCUGCUGCGUCAGGGCAACGCCAAGCCGCAGGCCAUCGAAUGGUGCCUCCACUCGGUGGUCACUCGGCUGAGGGCUCUGCCCCUGCCCGACUAUGUGAGUGCCGGCUAUGAUGGGCAGCAGGCACUGCUGCUGGAACAGGAGCAACAGAUCGAGCAAUUGAUGGCCCACUAUAUUACCAUUGAUCUGUGCUACCAGCCGCUGUUGCAGCAGAUCCUGCAGUUCGAUCUGCGAUCGCCUGGUUUUCGCGAUUGCAGCUUGAAUCGUCGCAAUGUUUUCACCUGCUUUCUGCUGCAGUUGCUCGACAAACCGUUGGCGCUGCUCGAGCUGAGCAAUGUGACGAAGAGUCUAUUGGAUCCCGGCGAGAAGCCGGGUAUGUGGCGCCUCCGACCCGAGCUGACGCAGCGCAACUUUUUGCGUGCACGCGCCAAAGCUGGCCGAGCACAGACCUAUGUGCAGCAGGUGGUGCAAAAGUUAACUGGCGAUGCCACCCAGCUGCUGGGCGAUCCCUAUUAUCUGCUCGGUCUGGUCGAGAACCGAGCACGCUGGAAGCGACGCCUCGAUCCCUCGAAGGGUGUCUUCGAACUGACCAAUCUGAAUAUAUUCCUCAUCGACGAGAAGCUGCCGCUGACCGCUGUCGGCAUGUAUUAUCACGCCAUGCUCGUGGGUCAACUGCUGCCCCCCACUGCGCCAAAAAUCUAUGCGCCACUCUUCAUCUUCGAGGCGAGUCUGUAUUUGGUGGCAGUGCUGCUGGAGCAAUCGGAACCACCGCUUCAACAUUGCGGUCUGCGGCUAAAUGAAUAUGUGCUGAGCAUCCAGACGGAGCCGGUGCCGCAGGCUUCGCUGGAUCUGGAGGUGCACAAGCGCUAUUGCGACGCCCUGUGCAAGAUCACCGGCUAUGCGCCGCAGGAGUCACUGCGUCGCCUCGGCCUGCAGGUGCUGCAUCAUUAUGUGCUGGCCUUCGAGGAUGCCGCCAAGUAUUUCAUACUCAAGAAUCUGCUGGAUACGCUGCAACACGAUGGCAUUCGUGGUUACUUGGCUGGUCUCUUCAAGGAUAUUGUCGCUGUGCAUUUGGCACGCCGGAAUUUGCCACUGCCGGAGGUGUAUUGUGGGCUCAAGUUUCGUUCGAUGCUGCUGCAGUGCGUCUGUGUGCUACCCGAGGAUGUCAAAUCGGAUCUGUUGGUGCAUUCGAAUAGCAUUGCGAGUGCUUUGAAUGUGCUGCGUUAUUUCCCUGUUGCGGAUCGGGAUAAUCGUACGGGUUUCUGGCACAUUCUGCCAGAGAUUCAACAGCGUUUGCUGGAGCCACUGGGCAAGGCAUUGAACUUCUCGCUGGCCCACUAUCGUGCGUACCGGGAGCGGGUGAAGAAUGGCCAGAGUGCCUCCGAUGAUGAACUGAUGCAGAAGCAGCUCAACAUGCUCGCCGUGAACAUCAGCAACAGCGGCAUGGCUGACGAUGGCGGCGGAGGCGGCGAUAGCGGCCAUCUGCCGGAUAUUGGACGCGAGGAGAAAUUGGAGGUGUUGGCCACCUCCAUAACGGGUCUGGAGUCGUUGCGUGUCAUCUAUUUUCUGGCCAGCGAUUGCAUCGAGCAGAAUAGCAAUCAACGCAAACUGGAAUCGGAGCCAGUUGCCAUGGAUUUAGAUGUGGAGCAGCCCUAAUCCCCUCGUGCACAAUACCCAAAAACCCACUUUUGGUCACGCAUAUUAUUAGGUUUAUCUAUAUAUAUAUAGAUCCAUAUAUAUAUAUAUAACUUUGUAUCUCGCAAACGAAAUGAAAACGAAUUUUUGUCUGACUAAAAUAUUAUGAUUUGGCUUAGUUUACUUUUUUUCAUUUA